UUUGUAUGAUUCUUAUGUGAUUAUCAUUGUUGAUAUUUUUUCCAUUCGAUUUUUUUUUUUGGUUAAAAAUGGAUUCGAAUAAUAAAAAUCUUCAACAAAUGUUUGUCAUCGAUAGUCCGGCUAAAGUAAUAAAUUUACAAAAUUUUUAUAAAUGUUGUGGUGGUUUAAAUCAAAUUGGACAAACAUUUAAAAAUGAACGUGAACGUUUGCGGUUUCGUUUUCGUCCAGAUGAUCCAAAUUCGAUACCAUUAUUUUCCGAUCGUAAACAAUCAAGAGAUUUAGUAUUGAAAGUUCGACGAAAACGUCAACCUGAUGGUACAUUCAGUGAUUAUCAAUUUGAACCAUUCGGUAUUAUUAAUACAACAUUUCAUUUUGAAAAUUCAAUUUGUGAUAUGCAAUUGUUGCCCACUUCUAGUGAUAUUCGUAAUGAAUUUAUGAAAUCAGAUUUCAUUCUAAAUUGUGAUCCAAAUUCAUCGAUCAAAAAUGAUCAAAGUAUUACAAUGAUGAAACAAUAUUUUUAUUCACGUUUUUUUCAACCAAAACAAUUGAUUGCUAUGAUGCGAAAAGAUGUUGAAAAAAAUGAUCAACAACAGGAUCUAAUACGUCGACUUCGUAAAUCACGUAAAGUUAAUUUUACUGUCGUACGAUGGGAUGAUGAAUCGGUUCCGGAAUCAUUACCCGAAGAAUAUCGAAAAGAUUUUGAUAAAAAUUUACUUCGUUCAGAAUUGGCACGUAAAAUUAAGGAAAAAUUUGAUGAAAGAUUUUGUUGGUCAAGAUAUGGUCUAAUUUGUCAUCUAAAAUGUUCACCAUUAUUAUUACGAUAUAUUCUACCAUAUACAACUUAUUAUUUUGAAAAUGGACCAUUUCGUGCAUUAUGGAUUCCAUAUGGUUAUGAUCCACGUAAAGAUCCAAAAGCAAAAAUUUAUCAAACAAUUGAAGCACGUGCUAACCGAAAAAAUGAUCAAACUAUACAUGCAAUCAAUCAGAUUCCUUUAAAUCAAAAGGGGACAAUAUUUAAGGAUAAUACAAAUUCAUUUCUAGAUAAAUUUGGUACAAAAUCUCUAUCCAACAAUGAAAAUGAUGAUAACAGCAUUGAUCCAAGCUAUUUAUUUCGACCUGGACAAUUAUCAACAUUGAAACGUACAACAUUUCAAUUAUGUGAUAUUGAAAUUGAUCAAGUACAACAGAUUAUACAUGAAAAUGAUGGUCAAGAAUUUGAAUGUACAGAAAAAGAUGGUUGGCUAUCGAAAGGUUCGGUUGAUCGUAUUCGUGCCAUUAUGAAUCAUGAAUUAAGUCUUAUACUAAACGAUACUAAUCUACUACAAGAACAUUCACAAACAUUGGAUACGCAGGAUAUUUUGCCCGAAAAUAUUGAAAUUACCGAAGUUUAUGAUGAUAAUUUAGAAAUUUAUCAUUGAAUCUUUGAAAGUUUUUUUUCCAAUCACCAUUGAAGAAUCAUUUCAAGAAAAAUAUCGAUAAAUCAAUUCGA